AUGGACUCGACCAUCCCCAGGUGGCAACGAUGGCUCCUUCGGGCGGUGAAGUACGCGGGUGGCCUGCGCCGAACCCCGCGGCACGUGGCUUUCAUCAUGGAUGGUAACCGGCGGUUUGCGCGUCGAAACCAGGAGUCCACCGCAAUUGAAGGGCACCGCGCCGGGGCGCGGACGCUCUCGCUGAUGUGCGAGGCUUGCUUGGAGCUAGGGAUUCAGUUCGUGACGGUGUAUGCCUUCGCGCUGGGCAAUUUCCACCGCGACCGUGAGGAAGUCGUUGGCCUCCUGCAUUUGGCGGAAGACAAGUUUUCGAGCAAAGGUUGGAUCGACGGGUUCUUCAAGCGCCUGGGUAUUCGCGUACGCUUCGUUGGAGAUUUCUCAUAUCUGCCGCCUUCCUUGACGCGAGCGCUCGCGAACGCUGCACAGGAGACAUCCACUGCGUGCGCAGACCCUGAAGGCCUGGGCUGUCGCCUAGUGGUUACCGUGUGCAUCGCCUACGGAUCCAGACGGGAAAUUGCGCGCGCGGUUGCCGGGGGAGGCGCAGAGUCGCAAGAAGCGCUCGUGGAUCUGGCCGUCACAUCACCCACGGAGGUGAUAUCACCGCAGGCGCUUUCUUUCAGUACGAGGCGACGGCGUAAGAGAAGCAUCAGGCAUAGUGAUCCCUCCGCUGCGACCUCUCAGACGCCGACUCGUCAUGCAGCUGACGAGCAGCGGAACGAGCUGGACGAGUGGUUCUCUUGCGGUCCGUGCUGUGACGCAGUCUUGCACGCGCACCUGUCCCCCAGUGGAGCAGGCGCUACAUGGCAUUCCACUACGCCUUAUAGGAAACGAGGGUCGCAACUUUGGACAGCUCUUCAAGCUGAGGAUGUCCCCCCGCCAGAUUUACUUCUCCGCACAUCUGGAGAGAGGCGGCUCUCCGACUUCCUUUUGUACGAGACUUCUGAAACAACGGCGUUCUAUUUUCUUAACGUUCUCUGGCCAGACCUUUCCUGCAUGCAUUUACUUGUGACGGUGGUUCAUUUUCAACUGCAGAGGAUCCUUCAGGAGUUUUGUGGAUGGAUAGCGGGCUGCUGGCUUUUAGGAGGAAAGCGCCACCUGGCCCUGCUUUCCUAA